AUGCCGCUGUUGAUCCUUGUCAAAGGAACUCUGGGGAGUGAGAUUGACGUUGACGAGCUUCCAACGUACCCACCCGGCCCGGUGUAUGUUGUGCAAAAGGCGGCCAAUAUGGACCAGCGUGUGUGGUCGCUCUACCUUCGUGGAGUAUUGCAACCCAAAUUGGACUGCCCCUCUGUCGUGCUUGCGGACAACUUUACCUGCCAUGUGUCGAAGAAAUCCUACAAGAUCCUUGAAGACGAGUUGUUUUGA